CCUCCUGACCGCCAUUCCGCACCAAAAACUUUCCAUUUUCCUCUUCCCACUCUCUGGGACUUCCUUUUGAUUUUGCUGUGUGGAGGAGGAGGAGUGUGUGUGUGUGGUGGUGGGAUUUACAGUCUCCUUUAACGCUUGCUGGGACCUAGGAAAAGAAGAGUUACACCAUGUACUGCAAGUGAAAAAGUCUCUGUGUGUGUUUCUUGCAGAAGUUGAGGCUUUUCUCUGCUGCUUCCAGAAGUGAAAGCUGUGCCUUUAAUACACGUUGAGUGAGGUACCCAAGGAUAGGAAACUGGCCUGAAGGGAAAAUCUGGGGGAGACUGGGUAUUUGGCUACAUUUGCCCCUGAAGCGUGGAUCACACUUCUUGUAAACCUCAUCAUAUUGAGGUGGGGCUAAGAUGAGCAUAACCAGUGACGAAGUGAAUUUCUUGGUGUAUCGCUAUCUCCAGGAGUCAGGUUUCUCCCAUUCGGCCUUUACAUUUGGUAUCGAAAGCCACAUUAGUCAGUCCAACAUCAAUGGAACACUAGUGCCACCUGCUGCCCUCAUCUCUAUUCUUCAGAAAGGCCUGCAGUAUGUGGAGGCUGAGAUCAGCAUCAAUGAAGAUGGUACAGUAUUUGAUGGCAGGCCCAUAGAGUCACUGUCUCUGAUCGACGCUGUGAUGCCUGACGUGGUACAGACCAGGCAACAGGCAUUCAGAGAGAAACUAGCUCAGCAACAAGCCAGUGCGGCAGCGGCAGCAACGGCAGCAGCAGCAGCCGCGACAGCGACGACGGCAGCAACCACGACAGUUGUUUCCCAGCACAACACACCAAAGAAUGGAGAAGCCACUGUGAAUGGAGAGGAGAAUGGGGCACAUGCAAUAAAUAAUCAUUCAAAGCCAAUGGAAAUUGACGGGGAUGUUGAAAUACCUCCUAACAAAGCAACAGUCCUUCGGGGCCAUGAAUCAGAGGUGUUCAUCUGUGCCUGGAACCCUGUCAGUGACCUGCUAGCGUCUGGAUCUGGAGACUCAACUGCCAGAAUAUGGAAUCUCAAUGAAAAUAGCAACGGUGGUUCCACUCAGCUAGUUUUGAGGCACUGUAUAAGAGAAGGAGGACAUGAUGUCCCCAGCAAUAAGGAUGUGACUUCAUUGGACUGGAAUAGUGAUGGAACACUAUUGGCUACAGGAUCAUAUGAUGGUUUUGCAAGAAUAUGGACAGAAGAUGGUAACCUUGCAAGCACCUUAGGUCAACAUAAAGGUCCCAUAUUUGCUCUGAAAUGGAACAAAAAGGGGAAUUACAUUUUAAGUGCUGGUGUUGAUAAAACAACAAUAAUUUGGGAUGCUCACACAGGGGAAGCUAAGCAGCAGUUUCCUUUCCACUCAGCCCCUGCUCUGGAUGUAGAUUGGCAGAACAACACUACUUUUGCCUCCUGCAGUACUGACAUGUGCAUUCACGUAUGCAGACUUGGCUGUGAUCGCCCAGUCAAAACCUUUCAAGGACACACAAAUGAAGUCAAUGCAAUUAAAUGGGACCCUUCUGGUAUGCUACUAGCAUCCUGCUCUGAUGAUAUGACAUUAAAGAUUUGGAGUAUGAAGCAAGAUACAUGUGUACAUGACCUUCAGGCUCACAGCAAAGAGAUUUAUACUAUCAAAUGGAGUCCUACAGGACCAGGCACCAGCAAUCCAAACUCCAACAUCAUGUUAGCAAGUGCUUCAUUCGAUUCUACUGUUCGGCUGUGGGACGUUGAACGAGGAGUCUGCAUUCAUACAUUAACCAAACAUCAAGAACCUGUCUACAGUGUAGCUUUUAGUCCUGAUGGGAAAUACCUGGCCAGUGGGUCCUUUGACAAAUGUGUCCAUAUAUGGAAUACUCAGAGCGGAACUCUAGUACAUAGCUACAGAGGCACUGGAGGGAUCUUUGAAGUCUGUUGGAAUGCGAGAGGAGACAAAGUGGGAGCAAGUGCAUCAGACGGAUCGGUUUGUGUUCUAGAUCUGCGGAAGUAAAGGUGAAGUGUUUUAGAAGAAAUUUCAAAUGGACCAGCAGUGAAUGUGUGGGGAGAA